CCUGACCGCGGCAGCGGGGUCGGGGAUCGCCGGGCGGUUGGCGGAGGGCGGUGCCGGCUGGCGGGCUAGGGGCCCGGCGCAGGUACGUGCGCGGUUGUGGUGAGUACGGAUCGGCGUGUUGAGGCUGAGGGACCUGGCGGACUCUGCCCGCCUGUUAGUCGAGGCCCGGCUCCAGCGUCCCGCUGCGCGGGACACAGAAGGCGCUCAGUAAGUGCUGGAUGAAUGAAUGAGCCCGUCCUCUCCGCGGCCCAACCCGAUCAGUCCCCAGUUUGAGAGCGCCAGCACCCUCACCCCCACUCUACGGACUGGGGCAUCCACGCACUGAGCAGUUGCUAAAUGGAGGCGUAAGCCCCCAGCUGCCUGGCUGGGCACAUAGUGCAUUGUGGCACUGGCGUGUAUGCACACAUGAUCUGGCACCUCAGUGACGUACAUCCCCGGCCACCACCGUGAUGAAGCUGUUAGUGGCCAAAGUCCUUUGCAUGGUGGGCGUGUUCUUCUUCAUGCUGCUGGGCUCCCUGCUCCCGGUGAAGGUCAUUCACACGGACUUUGACAAGGCGCAUCGCUCCAAAAAGAUCCUCUCCCUCUGCAACACUUUUGGCGGUGGGGUCUUCCUGGCCACAUGCUUCAAUGCACUGCUGCCUGCCGUGCGGGAAAAGCUCCGGCAGGUGCUGAGCCUCGGACACAUCAGCACCGACUACCCGCUGGCCGAGACGCUCAUGCUGCUGGGCUUCUUCAUGACGGUCUUCCUGGAGCAGCUGGUGCUGACCUUCCGCAAGGAGAAGCCGUCCUUCAUCGACUUGGAGACCUUCAACGCGGGCUCGGACGUGGGCAGCGACUCUGAGUACGAGAGCCCGUUCAUGGGCAGUGCGCGGGGUCGCGCGCUCUACGCCGAGCCGCACGCGCAUGCGCACGCCGCCGGCCUGCGCCUGCAGGAGCUGUCGCGGCCCGGGCCGCUGCGCCUGCUCAGCCUGGUCUUCGCCCUGUCGGCCCAUUCGGUUUUCGAGGGCCUGACGCUGGGCCUGCAGGAGGAGGGCGAGAGGGUGGUGAGCCUCUUCGUGGGAGUGGCCAUUCAUGAGACGCUGGUGGCGGUGGCCCUGGGCAUCAGCAUGGCCAGGAGCGCCAUGCCCCUGAGGGACGCGGCCAAGCUGGCAGUCACAGUGAGCAUCAUGAUCCCACUGGGCAUCGGCCUGGGCCUGGGCAUCGAGAGCGCCCGGGGCGUGCCCAGCAGCGUGGCCUCCGUGCUGCUGCAGGGCCUGGCGGGUGGCACGUUCCUCUUUGUCACCUUCUUGGAGAUCCUGGCCAAGGAGCUGGAGGACAAGAGUGACCGCCUGCUCAAGGUCCUCUUCCUGGUGCUGGGCUACACGGUCCUGGCCGGGAUGGUCUUCCUCAAGUGGUGAGUAUCCUCUUCGUCGCGGUGGUCAUCACUGCUCACCAGAGCCCACUGGGAGUCUCCGUUGGACACAGGCUGCAUUCCAGGGCAGGGUGGUGGCCUGCACAGGAGGGGCAGCUGGGAACAGGCCAUGCCCAGUCCUCCUCCCCAUGCCUCAGGGCACUGAUCUUACUUUGAAAAUACUCUUAACGGAAUUUACCAAAGCUGUGUGGCCAUGUCAGCCUUGGGCGGUGGGGUCCGCUCACUUGGGGGCGGUGGGCAACCAUGGCCAGGUGCAGUCAGGCCCAGACCCUCCUGUCCCCACCAUGCCCCCAUCCGUGGACAAGGACAGGAGUGUCCAACCCAACUGUGCCCAGAACCUGAGCGAUGCUGCUGUCUGAGCCACAAGAAGCAGUUGGGUGCCCUGUUGCUGAGCUCCUGUCCACCUCUGGCACCCUAAGUCUCAGGGUUCAUAAGACACUCGUGCUACAGUGCAGCACCACAGUGGUUUUUGAAAGGAACCCCAUAUGUGGGCUCUGUCCCUCCUGCCACUGGAGGUUGUGCCUCCAGUGGGACACAUGAGCCCCAGUACCAACCCUGGAGUAACAGCUUGCCUUGAGCUCUGGGCAGCAUCCCUCUUCUUCCCUGGCUUCUGCUGGAGCCACCUGGAUCGGGGAGGCUGCUCUGCACAGGGAAGAGGUCCUGUCUUGAAGGUGACUUGGCAGUGCUUUCUCAGCCCUGCACAUACCUGGAGGUCUCCAGAGGAAGAUGGGCUCCAGCAGGACGAAGGGACAGGGCAGGUGGUGCCAUCCCCCUCCACACACCUGGACACGUGAAGACCACCUUUCCCCAGGGCACACAGAGCAGGAGAGACGGCCCAGCGGGCUGGGAGCACUGGGCCCAUCUCUGUAGCAACCCCACAGCCUAACCCUGUCGCUCAGCAACCCCAGCCGGCACCUUGGGACCUGGAGGCAUGUGAGCUGCUUUGCUUGGGAUUGUGCUCUGCCUGCUCCAAUCCACCUGUCUGCGCAUGGUACAGCUAGAGGGAACUGGCAACUGUGGCCUGGGGCCAGGUUUUCACGGGCUUCACCACUGCCUCAGUCUGACCUUGAGCCUGGCGCCCAUCUCCAGGCCUCAGACAGCCACUGGGGCUGCUUCAACUCACAGAGAGGUCCCAUUUCCUCACUGGCCCCCCAGACACUGGAUGUCAGGGCCAGUGCAUUUCAUUCUGGACUUCCUGUGCCACCCCAACCCCAACAAGGAGAGGCCCCCAUCUUCUUGAGGCUGUGGGCUGGGCCGUGCCUCCUGUCCUGCACUCUCACCAGGACCAAUAGUGACUUGCAGAGGGUGGGUGCCCCAAGGACUGACCUGCCACCACAGCUCAGCUCACAGGACACAAGGCAUAAGGAGAAAUGACCUUGGGAGCAGCCCUGGCCUUCAGUGUUCCUAGAGCCCCCUGGAAGCCUUGACUGCUGUAAAUAAACGAGAGUUCGAAUCCCACCUCCUGGCACCCAUGUUCCUCCAGCAGGACCUGCACCCUGUUGCUGUUGAAAUCUCGGGUCUGUUUCUAGGAACUGUGUUUGAACCUUUCCCCGGGAGCCGUGGGUGAACCCGGUGCAGCCCAACCCUGCCCUGUGCUGGGAAAAUGGCCCUGUGGAUAUAGGACAUUUUCACUGUCACAGUUCACUGUUUCCCUUGCUGUCUCAUCCUACCUGGGA